AUGAAACUAGAGCUUAACGAAAAAGCGCAAAACGUUUUUGGGGAUGUUCGUGGAAUAGUGAGGUCUGUAGUUAAGAAUUCCAAUGUUAGCGAAGAAGUAAUGAAAACUGCUAGGCUUCUUGCAAAUCUUGAUACGUCUAUGAAGUCUACUCAUCAGUCUUUACAAAAAUUAACACAAGGAAUAACCGAACUUCAAGAAAGAAAUACUCAGAUACUAGAUUUAUUAUAUAUGCUUCCUCAAGUAUCCGAAGGAUUAAAAAUUGAAGGAUUGAUUAAACGUCCUCCUAAUUCAAC